UCUUCCCGCCCGCGCUACCUGAACCGCCGGUGUCAUUUUGCUGUUCGAGCCUGCGUGCAUUUCUUUCUGUCCCCGCUGUAAAGUUUUCUGUGCGUGUGAUGGAGCGGCGUAGAAAACUAGCUGCUUUACAGCUACUUUUGAUAAUGAAGAGGAAGCAGGCGCUGUCCCGCAAGCACUGGGUUCGACCGGUCUGGACCAAGCGAGCGGACGAAAGCGAGUUCUUCACAGCGAUGAAGCUCAUGAAGAACGGCGACGACUCGCUGUUCUUCAAGUUCUACAGGAUGUCGCCGGAGACAUUCGACGCGCUCCACGACAUGGUGCGGGACCGGCUGACGAAGGAAUGGGUCUGCCGAGAACCGAUUUCAUCUGGCGAGCGCCUCGCACUGACGCUGCGAUACCUGUCGUCCGGUAUGCUCGUGCGAGAUGCAGCAAUGGCCUUCAGAGUGGGGCUGGAGACUGCACGCAAGGCGAUCCACCUGACGUGCAAUGUGCUAUGGGAGGUGCUGUCCCCUGUGUACAUGAAGCCUCCAACAGAGGGAGAAUGGAGGGACAUCGCCUCAGGAUUUGGCAGUCGCUGGCAGUUCCCGAAUUGCCUGGGUGCUGUGGACGGCAAGCACGUGAGGAUUAGAUGUCCAAGAAAGGCUGGGAGCCUGUACUUCAACUAUAAGGGCACCCACUCCAUUGUCCUCAUGGCUGUGGCAGACAGCCAGUACCUGUUUCGCCUUAUUGAUGUGGGCGCACCUGGGAGGUUUAGUGAUGGUGGAAUUUUCAAAGAUUCCCCCAUUGGCAAACGACUGCACGAGGGCAAGCUCAAUCUGCCUCGGGCAGCUAAGCUACCAGGCUCCGAGAGAAUUUGCCCUCAUGUGUUUGUUGGCGAUGAAGCCUUCCAGCUGCGCCCCGACUUCAUGCGGCCACUACCAGGCACCCGGACUAAAGCUGAGGAGAUCAUCUUCAACUACCGCCUCAGUCGUGCCAGACGAUGUAUAGAGAACGCCUUCGGGAUUCUCGUUUCCCGCUGGCGGAUAUACGAGAGGCAGAUGAACCUGCAGCCGGAAAAUGUGGAGAGUGUUGUGAAGGCAACCUGCGUACUUCACAACUUCUUAUCUGUAACGUCCAGCGCUUCAGCGACCUACUGCCCACCUGGAUAUGGAGACUGCCAGGACAUGUUCGGGUGUGUCCGUGACGGCACUUGGCGACAAGAGGCGGCAACUGCUGCUGUGUUCGGUUUGCAGGGAGCAAAGGCCCGCAACUGCACGAAUGCUGCUAAUUCGGUGCGCAAGCAGUUCAUCGAGUACUUCAAGGAUGAAGGGCAGGUGUCUUGGCAGUGGAACCUGCCAGGGGUGACAAGCUUGUAGGAUGGUGUAGACCUGGCCGCCUCAAGGCCAAGAACACGUGCUGCUGGACUCCAUGAAGAACCCAACAGCCCUCUUCAGGGCUACCUACUUAAUGCUUUGGCAGCGAGCCGCUGGAUUUACGAUAUUCUGUUCUGUGGCCCUUCUGUGUAUUUCAUUUCGUAUUGCUUAUUUCUGGAA